GGGACUGGGCAGACAGCACCCGAGGGUGGAAGGCGGAGGCCCAGGAGGGAGCUGCACCCCGGCGGGCAGCCAUGGGAGGGUGUCAAGUGGACGCAGCCGUCAGGGUCCGUCUCUGCUCUCUGUCCUGGGAGACAGGGCUCCCACAUCCACUUGGGUUCUUGAGAACUCCCACCAGGUAGGCACAGCCCCAGCCAGGCACCAUGGACUGGAAGACACUCCAGGCCCUACUGAGCGGCGUGAACAAGUACUCCACAGCGUUCGGGCGCAUCUGGCUGUCCGUGGUGUUUGUCUUCCGGGUGCUGGUGUACGUGGUGGCUGCAGAGCGCGUGUGGGGGGACGAGCAGAAGGACUUUGACUGCAACACCAAGCAGCCCGGCUGCACCAACGUCUGCUACGACAACUUCUUCCCCAUCUCCAACAUCCGCCUCUGGGCCCUGCAGCUCAUCUUUGUCACGUGCCCCUCACUGCUGGUCAUCCUGCAUGUGGCGUACCGUGAGGAGCGGGAGCGUCGGCACCGCCAGAAGCAUGGGGACCAGUGCACCAAGCUGUACGACAACGCAGGCAAGAAGCACGGGGGCCUGUGGUGGACCUACCUGUUCAGCCUCAUCUUCAAGCUCAUCAUCGAGUUCCUCUUCCUCUACCUGCUGCACACUCUCUGGCAUGGCUUCGAUAUGCCGCGCCUGGUGCAGUGUGCCAACGUGGCCCCCUGCCCCAACACUGUGGACUGCUACAUCGCCCGGCCCACCGAGAAGAAAAUCUUCACCUACUUCAUGGUGGGCGCCUCCGCUGUCUGCAUUGUGCUCACCAUCUGCGAGCUCUGCUACCUCAUCUGCCACAGGGUCUUGCGAGCCGUGCGCAAGGACAAGCCUCAAGGGGGCCGCACCCCCUCAUCCUUCGCCAGUCGGGCUUCCACCUGCCGCUGCCACCACAAGCUGGUGGAGGCAGGUGAGCUGGAUCCAGACCCAGGCAAUAACAAGCUGCAGGCUUCCGCACCCAACAUGACCCCCAUCUGACCACAGGCCAGGGGCGGGGCAACACGGGGGCUGCCCGUGGGACAGGCAGGGUGGUGUGGCAGAGUGGAGAGGUCCUACGAGGGCUGAGUGGCCCCACUUUGAAUUCACUAAGCUAUGCAACCUUCAUUUUUGGCAGAUAUGUUUUGACAGUUGGCACUGGGCUCUCUACCUGGGUAUAGGUAACCCACAGACCAGUGGCAGCCCUCAAAGGAUGCAGACUUUGAAACAAGCGAAUUAACUGUCUACGCAUGCAAGGGGCCACUUAGGCUGCUGCUAGCAGGGCUUCUAGCUAACCCAGGAAGGGGCUUCUCUGAGGACAUAAUGUGUAAGAGAGGUGAGGAGUGCUCCCAAGCAGAGACAGCAGCAGCCACAGAACCCUGGAGCCCACGCAAACAGAGACGCUCGCCCUGGGGUAGACUCGGUGGAUCUAAGGCAUCUCCACUCCCUCCAGAGGAGCCGCCCAGAUUCCUGCAGUGGAGAGGAGGUCUUCUCCCAGCAGCAGGUCUGGGGGCCUGAGAGUGAGCCUGACAAGAGGUGCUGGAGAUACCCAGGGGUCCCCCAGGUCAUCACUUGGCUCAGUGGAAGCCCCCUUCCUCCAAAUCCUACUCCCUCAGCCUCAGGCAGUGGAUACUGCCAUCCUCCUCCCCACAACUGUGCUCAGCCUGGUGCCAGCCUUUCAGACCCUGCUCCCAAGGACUCGGGGUGGAUGCAUUGAUAGGACAUCCUCCAGACAGCUUCCUUGAAAUCAAUAAAGGCUGUGUUUUAUACA